AGGGAGGGAGGGAGAAAAGUGGAACAGAAAAGAAUGAGAAUCGAGAUGAGAGAAGGAAAAGUAUGACAAGUAACUCGGAGAUAUAUCACACAGCUGAAGAAAGAAUUCCCGGCUUGGCUAGCUGUGCUGCCGCCCUUUGCCUGCCGUCUCCCUUCGUUUCCUUGCGCUUUCCUCCCCUCCCAAGCUAGAGUGAGAAAGAGAAGAUAGAUCACAUCUUCUGGGUUUGAGCCUGCUGCAGUUGUUUCUCCUCCUCUGCUCUUUCUUUGUUCUCUAGUAGACUUGGGGGAGCAGUAGCCAAGAGAUUGAGGGUCGUCUGAUCUGAAGGAGGCCUGAGGUUUGAGGCGAGCUUGGCCGGAUUGAUUCUUAGCGAUACCAGACAAAGAAGAGCGAGCAAGACUAGCAUCUGAUCCGGUUUAGAAGAUGAAAGCCGCUUCGUCGUCCACGCAUUUCUUCGGAAUCAGGGAGGAUGGCCAGCACAGCCACCAACAGCCACAGCAGCCGCCGCAGCCGCCGCCGCCACAGGAACUACCAGCGACAGCCUCGUCGGCCAAUACUCCACACUCUGCUGCUCCUCCGAAGAAGAGGAGGAACCUCCCUGGAAACCCAAAUCCAGAUGCGGAGGUGAUAGCUCUGUCGCCGAAGACGCUGAUGGCCACCAACCGUUUCAUCUGCGAGGUGUGCAACAAAGGGUUCCAGCGGGAGCAGAACCUGCAGCUGCACCGGCGCGGCCACAACCUGCCGUGGAAGCUGAAGCAGAAGAACCCCAACGAGGUCCGCCGCCGGGUGUACCUCUGCCCCGAGCCGACCUGCGUCCACCACGACCCGUCGCGGGCCCUCGGCGACCUCACCGGCAUCAAGAAGCACUUCUGCCGCAAGCACGGCGAGAAGAAGUGGAAGUGCGACAAGUGCUCCAAGCGCUACGCCGUCCAGUCCGACUGGAAGGCGCAUUCCAAGAUCUGCGGCACUCGCGAGUACCGCUGCGACUGCGGCACCCUCUUCUCCAGGAGAGACAGCUUCAUCACCCACAGAGCCUUCUGCGAUGCAUUGGCGCAGGAAAGCGCGAGGCUUCCAGGCGGCAUAAACACCAUCGGCAGCCACUUGUAUGGAGGCAGAGGCAUGAACCUGGGGCUCCCGCAGCUCUCCUCCUUGCAGGACCAAGCUCAGCCUUCCGCCGACCUCCUCCAACUGAGGGGAAGCAGCGGCACCGGCCAGUUUGAUCACCUCAACGCCGCCUCCUUCCGGCAGCCCCAUCAGCUGGCCCACUCAUCCCCUUUCUUCCUCGGUGGUGGGCCGAACCAAGGCUUCGGCGAACACCCGCAGUUGCUCAAGCCCUUCCACGGGAUGAUGCAGCUCCCAGAUCUCCAAACAAACGCCAACGCCUCAUCCUCCUCCUCUGCUGCUGCCGCCGCGAAUCUUUUCAAUCUUGGCUUCUUCUCUAACACCGGUAGCUCGAGUACCAUGAACAAUGGCAGCGACGCUGGCGGCCAAAGCGGCCAUCUCCUGGGCCCCGACCAAUUCAGCAACGCAGGUGGAGGUACUGAGGCCAUGUCGCUGUUCGCUGGAGACCUAAUGAGCAAUCACACUGACACCACCAUGUCUUCUCUGUAUAACCCCUCUGUGCACGCUGAAUCAGUAGUACCUCAGAUGUCAGCCACCGCACUGCUUCAGAAGGCUGCCCAAAUGGGUGCCACAUCCAGUGGUGGCAGCGGAAGCUCGAUGCUCAGAGGUCUCACCGCCUCCUUCUCCGGUGGUGGUGGUGGAGAGAUCUCCAGAACUGGCGUAGGAAACGAGAACCACUUCCAAGACAUCAUGAACUCGCUUGCCAACGGGAACGGCGGGGUGUUCGGUGGCUUCAACCAAGGAUUGGACGGCAUGGGGGAGAACAAGCUGCACCGCAACCUGUCGAUGGGCGGCUUCGGAGGAUCCGACAGACUCACAAGAGACUUUCUCGGGGUUGGCGGCAUGAUGAGAAGCAUGGUGGGAGGAAUUCCGCAGAGGGAACAGCACCAUCUCGGCAUCGACACUACGAGCUCUAUGGAUCACUCGGAGAUGAAAUCGGGAUCCUCUACUCGAUCCUUUGGUGGUGGAAGACUGCAGUAAGAGCCUGCGAGAGAUCGAUGUAGGAGAACUCAGUAGAGGUAUGUAGCCAAUUGAGCUUGUUAGGUGCGAUAAUAUAGUAGGAUCUAUCAAGCUUUGUCUUGUAGUCGCAUGCAUGUAUUAGUUGAAGACGACGUCUCAGUCGAGGAUAUCUUCCUUCCUUUCUUUCUUUCUUUCUGCUGCUGUUGACCGCUUUACUUCUUCCGUUCUUCUAAUAAUAAGUCUGCUCUUUUUUCUGAA